AUGAACAGACUUCCAAGAGAUAUGGAACCCUCAAGACGACCGAUUCCUCCGUUGAAAAUCGUCAAAGGCGACUUGAAUUCUGUCGCUGUUGGGCCCAAUCAACAUACCUCUCGUUACUAUAGCUCUCCAACUAAUUCACGAUUCACGCCCCCAAUGACUCCCCACACUGUCAAAGAAGAAGCGGAGGAAGAGGAAACCGACAAUAGCAACAACGAUACCACCAUGGAGGAGCGAUCAGAGCCUCCCAGAGCCAUCUUCCACAACUACCUCCGUGCUUUUUAUCCGUUCCAUCCCUCUGGAGACGUCUCCCCCUCCACCGUCACCUUACCGUUGGACCAAGGCGACAUCAUCCUAGUCCACUCGGUCCACAUUAACGGUUGGGCCGAUGGGACCUUGCUGGAUACCGGCGCUCGCGGCUGGUUGCCCACCAACUACUGCGAGGCUUACGACCAAAUCCCCAUGCGCCCCCUUCUCAAAGCAUUAACGGACUUUUGGGAGAUGAUUAGAGGAGGAUGCGGGUCAUCACUGCAGGAUUUUGGUAAUCAGGAUUUAAUGCGGGGAUUGAUAGCCGGUGUGCGAUUUCUUUUGGAAAAAUCCGAAUGCCUCACACGAGAAUCAUCCCUGGUCAAGCAGCAUGACGGACUGCGCCGUACCCGAAAAGGAUUGUUGUCCGACCUGUCGUCCCUGGUGAAAACCGCCAAGAAUUUCCAGGAUAUCGCCAAUGGUACUCCCAUGGACGAGGAGGUCGAGUACAUCUUGGAUGAGAUGUUACUCAAGGCCUUCCGUAUUGUUACGCGUGGCGUACGCUUCCUCGAUGUUUGGACCGAAGAGGUCGGUCUCAGUCGAACCAUCGCUGAGCUGGAACACUCUAAUGUGCACGGAGCCGACGGCCAAUACGAUAACCCGCUUACUCCCCCCUCCGACACCUUUCCCGACCGUGCUUCUUCCGCGGCUGAAACCGAACGGAACGAGUCUCGCCUUUUAAACCGCAGUCGAAUGGACAUGAGCCGUGCGUCUACGCGCCUAGACAUGGGCGAUUCGCAGCCUCGACCAAUCUCUGUCUCCACCAAACGGGUCUCACACCGCGUAUCAUACUCGUCUCCCGCUGCCGCCGCCCGUAACCCCAAUAUCGCGUCCGAGCGUCUAAAUGCCACCUACGAUGCUUUUUUGGGGGUUUUGGGGUCCUUCAUCGGCCUUCACUUGCAGUCACGCUCCUCCACAGAAUUGAUCACCACCACUGAACAGUCAGUACAGGCUUGUCGCGCCCUGUUGACGGUAGUCGAGGCCAUAUGCGAACACGGUAUUCAUGGUCGGGACCUUCUCGAACAAGCCAAGGAGAACAUGUAUGAACGUCUCUCGGAACUCGUCCACGCUGCGCGCGAUGCUUUUCGACCGGCUCAAUCGUCCGAUGACGACGUGGUUUUCAUGCCUGAUGAGGGUAAGCGUCUGGUCGACGCAGCAACAGACUGUGUGCGUGCUGCUGGGAACUGCUGUGCUAAAGCUCGCCUGGUGUUGGAGCAAGUUGGAGAUUUUGAAAUCGAGUCGGAGGCACAAACAGCACCAACACCGGAGUUGAAUAACAAUAAGAGCGACCACGAUACCCUGAAUAUCGCUGGACCCCCACCUGAGGAGGAAGUCCAGACUCCUCAACCGCAACGCACGGCCCAGGUAGAUCAACAAAGGUCGCUGCGACCGCCGCCGCCGCCGCUACAAAUUCCCAGCAACUACAACUUUCACCACCUUUCCCCUUCUGCCACGGCGACUACUGCCUCUGCCACUGCUUCUACCCCCGGCCUGACCGACGAUACCACUCCUUCGUCCUUCCACUCCCGUGCUUUGAACAGUCCCGCCCAACCCAUCGAAAUCUCUUCUUCUCUUCCCUCCGCCACUGCUCUGUCAUUCUCCUCUUACGAAGCUGCAGACAGUCUGCGCCGCGGCAGCAAUGCCAAAUCUGAUGUUAGUGAAUCCUUUGGCCGUGGUGUUACGAGCACCGGCAGCAGCUUCAUGACCUACAACAGCCGACUUCGUGAUUCUGAGAUGAGUGGUGUUUCGCAGACCUCGACCCGAGCUACCUCGCCUGAUCUCAGCAACCAAUACCAGCCAUCGCUCAAGGGCAGUGUGAGCCAUUCGACUUUGGCUGAGGAGAAUGAGGAGACCGAGGCCAAUAUCCUGGAGAAGACAUUCGCGCACGAGCUGAUCUUCAAGGAAGGUCAUGUCAUGGGUGGCAGCCUUCGCGCCUUGAUUGAAAAACUCACCGCGCACCAGUCCACCCCUGACGCUAUGUUCGUCUCGACUUUCUACCUCACCUUCCGUCUCUUUGCUACCCCAUUGGAGUUCGCCCAAGCUUUGGCUGAUCGCUUCGAGUAUAUCGGAGACACACCCCACGCUGCUGGCCCCGUCCGUCUGCGUGUCUACAACGUGUUCAAAGGUUGGUUAGAAUCCCAUUGGCGCCAUGAUCGCGACAACAUGGCGCUCGACUUCAUCACGCAGUUCGCCAAGACGACCCUGAUGAUCCUCCCGUCGGCCGGCAAGCGCCUCGUAGAUUUGGCUGAAAAAGUGUCCAAGGUACACGGGCCUGUCGUGCCGCGACUGGUGUCUUCCAUGGGUAAGACCAACACAGCUACGGCGCAAUAUGUCCAUCCAGAUACUCCUCUUCCGCCUCCGAUUUUGGGCAAGAAGGAACACAACCUGCUGAAGCAGUGGAAGAAUGGAGAGACUUCAUUAAGCAUCCUCGACUUCGAUCCCAUGGAGCUCGCCCGGCAGCUGACCAUCAAGGAAUCUCGGAUUUUCUGCUCGAUCCUUCCAGAGGAACUACUCGACACGGAAUGGAUGAAGAAGUCUGGUUCUCUGGCGGUUAAUGUGCGGGCCAUGUCUACACUGUCGACAGAUCUAGCGCACCUGGUCUCGGAUUCGAUUCUGCAGCUUGAAGAGCCGAAGAAGCGGGCCGUUGUCAUCAAGCACUGGAUCAAGAUUGCUAACAAGAGUCUGGAAUUGAACAACUACGACUCGCUGAUGGCGAUUAUUUGCUCCUUGAACUCGUCUAUGAUCGUUCGACUCAAGCGCACCUGGGAGAUCAUCUCGCAGAAGACCAAGUUGACUUUGGAGUACCUGCGGGGGAUUGUGGAUGUGUCGCGCAACUACUCUGUUCUGCGCCAUCGCAUCCAGAACCACGUCCCGCCAUGCUUGCCUUUCGUGGGCACGUACCUGACCGACCUUACCUUCGUGGACCACGGCAACCAACCAUUGCGGCAUCUGCCUACUGAUGAUGGCGAGAUGGCUGUUAUCAACUUCGACAAGCACAUGAAGACGGCUCGUAUCAUCAGCGAACUGCAGCGCUUCCAGAUCCCGUACCGUCUGACCGAGGUUCCCGAGCUCCAGGCUUGGAUGCAGAACGAGCUGGUCCGGGUGCGCUCGAACGGCGAGAAGAGCCUUCAGACCUUCUACCGAAGAUCCUUGGUUUUGGAACCACGCGAAGUUCCUCCCCGCAACAAUGCGCAUACCGAUUCUACACCUACACCUUCUAUCUUGGAAAAUGCCAAGGACAAAUUCGACUUUCUUUCCUGGACCCAUCCCAAAUCCAAGUCCGUUGCCACGCAUGGUUAA